AUAAGAUAAUGGGAAUGGGUCACGCAAUCUUUUCUUAUAUUAACUUCUCUCUCCCGUAGCCUUUCUUCUACUCUUCUUCUCCUAUUCACCUUCCUUUCUUUUUCAUUUCGAGAAAAGCCUAUUCUUCAGACAGAGACAACUAGAAAGAACCAGAGCAAGAACAAUAUAGCCAUAUAACAAUGGCUCAUGUCACAAAACUUAUUCUCUUUGCUUCUGCAUUACUUCUAGCAACUCUCUUUAUCGGCGUCAGUUCAUCCAGGUCGAAUGAAACAUGGCAUGAACAUGCGGUUGAGAACCCAGAGGAAGUAGCUGCUAUGGUGGACAUGAGCAUACGAAACAGCACAGAGCGGAGACGGUUAGGUUACUUCUCCUGCUCCACCGGCAACCCAAUCGACGAUUGCUGGCGUUGCGACCGUAAAUGGCAGCUCCGUCGCAAACGUUUAGCCGAUUGCUCAAUCGGAUUCGGCCGCAACGCAAUCGGAGGCCGAGACGGUCGUUACUACGUCGUAACCAACCCUAAUGACGACAACCCGGUUAACCCCAUACCGGGAACACUCCGUCACGCGGUGAUCCAAGAGGAACCGCUAUGGAUCAUCUUCAAACGCGACAUGGUGAUAACCUUGAAACAAGAGCUGAUCAUGAAUAGCUUCAAAACCAUCGACGGCCGUGGCGUCAAUGUCCACAUCGCUAAUGGCGCUUGCCUCACGAUUCAGUACGUCACGAACAUUAUCGUACACGGGAUUCAUAUACAUGACUGUAAGCCUACGGGUAACGCUAUGGUUAGAAGCUCUCCGUCGCAUUACGGGUGGAGAUCGAUGGCUGAUGGUGACGCUAUCUCGAUUUUUGGGUCGAGUCAUAUUUGGAUUGAUCACAAUUCGCUUUCUAAUUGUGCUGAUGGGCUUGUUGACGCUGUUAUGAGCUCCACCGCCAUUACUGUCUCCAACAAUUUCUUCACCCAUCACAAUGAGGUUAUGCUGUUGGGGCACAGUGAUUCAUACACAAGAGACAAGGUGAUGCAAGUCACAAUUGCUUACAACCAUUUUGGUGAGGGUUUAAUCCAGAGGAUGCCGAGGUGUAGGCAUGGAUAUUUCCAUGUAGUUAACAAUGACUACACGCACUGGGAAAUGUAUGCAAUUGGUGGUAGUGCUAGUCCCACCAUCAACAGUCAGGGCAAUCGAUUUCUUGCUCCAACUAACCCAUUUGCUAAGGAGGUUACUAAGAGAGAGUACACAGGACAAUCGAAAUGGAAGCACUGGAAUUGGAGAUCAGAAGGAGAUCUUUUCUUAAACGGAGCGUUUUUCACACGUUCUGGAGCUGGAGCUGGAGCCAACUAUGCUAGAGCUUCGAGUUUAUCAGCCAAAUCAUCCUCACUUGUAGGCACAAUGACCUCUUACUCGGGUGCUCUUAACUGCAGAGCCGGUCGUCGAUGUUAAUUAAUCAAUAAUCAGAAGAAAAAGAAAAAACCUUUUUUGGGUUGUGCAGAAGUCGACAAGUUUACUCAUAUCAGGCAACUCUGCUUUUUCUCACUUUAUUUUUUUUCACUCUUGGGGUUGUUGCGAUAAACACUUCCUAUUGGAUGUGGAGGCCUAAUUAAAAUGGCUUCAACUGUAAUAUAAUGUAAUAUGAUUAUUAUUUUCACCUCCAUUGAUAUAAAGUUGUUUCUUAUUU